GUCGUGGCAAACAUCUCGCCAGCCUGCGACGCUGGAGGGCAUUUAACAAACGAGAACAAACAGCGCCAACGUCUUCUCGCGGCGAUGACCUCUAAAGCUCCCAGAUAGUUGCUUCAUCUCUUCAACGGAUCGGUGUAUCCCCGAAGUUGACCUCUGUUUCUCAAUUUUGGCAACUGAAACUGCGGCAAUCUUUCGCCGGCAGAGAGCGGGGUUCGUUCGAAGUUGUGGAAUUGGUGUCUGAGUCGCUACUUCCUUGGCAACCUGCUGAUUGGUCCAGGGGAGCGCGUGAUUCUCAGCUUGGCUUCUAGGGUUUGAUUUGGUUGGUUUCCAGACAUGGCGCUAUUCAAGAGGUUCUUCUUCAGGAAGCCGCCCGAUGGGCUGCUUGAGAUCUCCGAGAGGGUCUACGUGUUUGAUCACUGCUUCUCAACUGAUGUUGGCGGGGAAGAGGAUUAUAAAGAAUACAUAGAAGCUAUCGCGAUGCAAUGCCGGAGUCAUUUUCCAGAUGGCUCGUUUAUGGUUUUUAAUUUCUGGGAUGGAGAGACUGAAAGCCAAAUAGCUAACAUCCUGUCUGAGUUUGAUAUGACUGUGAUGGAUUACCCUCAACAUUAUGAAGGAUGUCCAUUGCUUAAGAUGGGCAUGGUCCGCCAUUUCUUGAGGUCAUGUGAGAGUUGGCUCUGUUUAGGUCAGCGGAACCUCUUACUGAUGCACUGUGAGCGAGGAGGAUGGCCAGUUCUGGCUUUCAUGUUAGCUGCACUUUUGAUAUACCUAAAGCAGUAUUCAGGGGAGCAGAGAACAUUGGAUAUGGUCUACAAGCAGGCCCCUCAUGAGCUUCUGCAGUUUCUUUCACCCCUGAAUCCUGUCCCUUCUCAGCUAAGAUACUUACAGUAUGUUUCAAGGAGUGUUGCUUCAGAGUGGCCUCCACUUGAUAGAGCACUUACCUUGGACUGUAUUAUUCUCAGAAUGAUCCCAAUUUUUGAUUCAGAAGGUGGUUGCAGACCUAUAUUUCGAAUUUAUGGACAAGAUCCACUUUUCCUUUCUGAAAAGACAACGAAAGUUCUGUUUUCAACUCCAAAGAAGAGCAAACUGGUCCGACAUUACAAACAGGCAGAGUGUGAACUAGUAAAAAUUGGCAUAGGUUGCCACAUUCAAGGAGAUGUUGUAAUCGAGUGCAUUAGCUUGGACAAAGAUAUGGAACAAAAAGAAAUGAUGUUUACAGUUGUACUCAACACAGCUUUCAUCAGGUCAAAUAUCUUAAUGUUAAAUCGUGAUCAAAUUGAUAUCUUGUGGGGUGCAAAAGAUCGUUUCUCAAAAGAUUUCAGAGCUGAGGUUCUUCUUAAUGAUAUGGAUGUAGCUUCAUCACUUACAACUACAGAAUUGACAGAUAUUGAGGAUAAAGGACUUCCUGUGGAAGCAUUUUCUAAAGUGCAUGAGAUCUUCAGCCACUUGGAUUUGCUAGAAGAGAAGGAAGAUGCAGCACUUCAGAUUCUCCGACAGAUGGUAUCACCAAACUCAGAAGAGAAAUCAGAUAAAGUUACCCGAGAAAAAGUGGAAUCCCAUAGUCCACCACAGUCUUCUAACACUAAAAUGAUCUCAGAGAAGCUUCAGUCUAAUGACAAAAAUGAAGGUGAUGUAUCUGAAAGUGAAACUGCUAGAGCGAAGUUGACCUUUCCUUUGUCACAACGUUCUACUUCUGUUUCUGGACAAUCCGAAUCUUCUGAAACAUCAACGUCUCAACCACCAUCAUCUGAACCUGUUGAAAAAAUUGUGCACUCAGCACUGCUGCAACCGCCAUCACCCUCACCAGCAGCACCACCACUGCCACCACCACUUCCACCAUCUUUAGAGCUAUCGUUUUAUGCUAUCUCUAAGCAAAAAAAUGUGGCAAUUCCUCCUGUACCACCAUCACCAUCAAUACAAUCUCUUCAUGCUAUUAACAAUGUUUCACUUGCAUUAUCUCCAAUACCACUCCCAUCACAACCCCCAUCAAAAUUGGAACCACAUAGAAAAUCUCCAAUUCCGUCAUCGGCAAUUUCAAAAUCCCUUUUGCUCUUAUCACUGCAACCUCAAGAGAUAUCAGCUACUGAGUCAUUGACUUCUGUUGAUGUAUCUCUUCCUUCCCCUAGUUCAAACCUAUCACCCAACAUAUGUGAUAACCUUAAUGAUCUAUCCGAGAACCAUUUGCAACCUUUAGGAAACCCUUUAAACAAGUAUUCAUCUACUCUUCCUUGUCCUCACUCAGCUAUCAUUUCAUCUCCUCCACCUCCUCUGCCUUCACGUUUAGAUAUCUCCUCACCUCGACCUUUGCCUCCUCCAUAUUCCAUUAUCCCUUCAACUCCACCAAGAGUUAACCCCUCGUCUCCACUACAAGUUAUCCCCUCCCCUCCACCUUCAUGUAUAGUUGUCUCCUCACCUCCUCCACCACAGAUUCCAACACCUCCUCCUUCGUAUCUAGCUAUCUCCUCACCGCAGCUAGAUGUCCUACCAUCGUCUCCACUUCCUCCCCUUUUAUCUAUCAACUCACCUCCUUCACCACCGGUUAUUCCAACACCACCACCACCAUCUCCAUCUCCACCUCCACCUCCACCUCCACCUCCUCCAUGUUUAGCUGUCUCCUCACCUCCUCAGCUAGUUGUCCUAUCACCUCAUCUAUAUUCAACCAUCCCCUCACCUCCACCAUCAGCUAUGCCCUCACCUCCUCAGCCGACAACCAUCACAUUGGCCUCUCAUCCACCCCCAACAACUUCUCAUCCUACAUCACCUAUGGAGAAAACUAAAAUGACAAGCAUCAUGCCACCACCUCCACCACCAUUACUUCAUCUCAAAUCAAAGCAAUGUGAUGAAUCUUCUUCCUUGACAUUGGAACCUUUUUCACAUGCACCUCCUGCUACUUCUUCCUGUAUCAUGGUAGCUUCUCAGUCUAAUAACACUCAGUUUGUACCACCACCACCACCACCACCUAAUUCUUCUUGUAGCUCACUUACUAGCUUAUCAUUAGGAACCAAGAAAACUUUGACACGUGUCAAAAGUUCCAAGAGUGUUUACUCAGUCCAAUCAGCAUCAAGAAAGACAUCUCUUAAGCCAUUGCACUGGGUUAAAGUAACAAGAGUAAUGUCCGGAAGCUUAUGGGCCGAGACACAAAAAUCAGAUGAGCUCUCUAAGAUUCUAGAGAUUGACAUGUCCGAACUUGAGAGUUUGUUCCCUGCAGCAGUGCCAAACUCAAAACCUCGUGCCUCAGUGGGUGGAAAAUCUAACAAAAUCCAUCUAAUUGAUCUUAAGCGAGCAAAUAAUUGCGAAAUAAUGCUUACAAAAGUCAAGGUUCCAAUACAUGAUUUAAUGACUUUGAUGCUGGCACUUGAUGAGUCUAUUUUAGAUGUGGAUCAGGUCGACAAUCUGAUAAAGUUCUGUCCAACAAAAGAAGAAAUGGAGCUAUUGCAGGGCUACAAAGGAGAUAAAGAAAGCCUUGGGAAAUGCGAGCAGUUCUUUUUGGAGUUAAUGAAAGUACCAAGAGUGGAAUCCAAACUGCGAGUCUUUUACUUUAAGAUACAAUAUCGCUCCCAGGUUGCUGAUCUUCGAAUCAAUUUGAACACUAUAAACUCUGUUGCCAAAGAGAUUAGAGGUUCUGUUAAGCUGAAAAGGAUCAUGCAGGCAAUUCUUUCAUUGGGAAAUGCAUUAAACCAAGGAACUGCUAGAGGUUCUGCCAUUGGAUUUAGGUUGGAUAGCCUCCUGAAGCUUAGUGAUAUUUGUGCGCGCAACAAUAAAAUGACUCUACUGCAUUACCUAUGCAAGGUUCUUGAAGAGAAGCUUCCAGAAGUUCUUGAUUUUCACAAAAAUCUUGUUUUCUUAGAAGCUGCAUCAAAGUUAGAGUUCAAGAUUUUGGCUGAAGAAAUGCAGGCCAUUAGUAAAGGAGUGAAGAACGUUGAACAAGAAUUAAUAUCCUCUAACAAUGAUGACCCCCCUGUAUCAGAAACAUUUUGUGAGCAUUUGAAGAGGUUUCUCGUUGUUGCUGAAGCUGAAGUCAGAUCCCUUACUUCACUUUAUACUGCAGUCAAUAGAAAUGCAGAUGCAUUGGUUCAAUAUUUUGGUGAAGAUCCUGCACGUUGUUCGUUUGAGCAAGUCAUCUCUACACUUUUCAACUUCACAAGAAUGUUUGAGCGUGCACACGAGGAGAACUCCAAACAACAAGAGCUAGAAAGGAAAAGAGCCCAUAGAGAAGCAGAGCAAGCAAAGAUGAAGCUUGCCAUGCACAAGAACGAUAAAAAGACUCCGAACUCCAAAUAGGCAUUGCCACACCUUAUUUCUCUAAUACCCCAGAUUGACGACAAGAUCUACACUAGUCUCUAGUCUCGAUUGGAGUAAUGUUUAUCGACUUGAGACUUACAUUAUGCAGCAACAUAUUAUUCUGAAGAAAAAGAAAAGGAAUCCUACAACUCGUCAGGAAGCUAUUGAUUCAACAAGAUGGAAAGUGUAGAUAUGUUGCAAGAAGGUAAUCAAUUAUUGAUUGAUUUCAUGUUUUCGAAGAAUGUAUAUACUGUGCAUAAACUUUUUGUCCUUAAAGAGUAGGAUAACCAAUUUAGCUGGGCGUUUCUAUAGUUCCUGAAAGAAUAAUUUGAUGGGCCAUUAUAUGUUUUAUAAGCUCCCUCAUGUUAUAAAUCCUAAAAUAUUCAGUGAAAUUAUAGUGCAUUGAUCA